AUGAUUACACAAGCAAGCCGGCGGCCCCUGGCCAGCUGGAAAGCCGUUCUCCGACGCACACGCCAGCAACGACAGCCGCUGCUGCUGCGCUCAAUGGCCACCGAGACGACGCCGACGACACCAACACCAGGUGCAGCUAUGCCCAUACCACCACGGAAGAAGCCUACAUUCCACACCAUAAAAUCCAACCUCCCGCACAAGCCAAUCCGCACCGCCUUCGCCGUGUACCCGCGCCCGCCCUCCUCGCGCUCCACCACUCCCAGCCCACUCAUAUCCUACCACGCGCAGCAAAUCCGGCGUCUCGACCGCACGGGCGCGCGCACAGCGCUCUUCUCCAAGUCGAACCCGGACGCCGCGAAAGCCGGCGACGUCUUACAAGUAACCACGAACCGCGGCGAGCCGUUCGCCGGCGUGUGUCUGUCGAUCCGUCGCGCCGGCGUCGACACGGCCAUCUUGCUCCGAAACCAUUUAACGAAAGUCGGCGUCGAGAUGUGGUACAAGAUCUACAGCCCCAACGUUCUCGGCAUCGAGAUCAUCUGGCGGCGGCCGAAGCGCGCGCGCCGCGCCCGCCUGACGUACAUGCGGAAGCCGAGCCACGACAUGGGUAAUGUCGAUCACCUGGUCGAGGCCUGGCGCCGCACGCGCAACGUGUUUAGUUCCAAGGGCAAGGGCGCCGCGAGCAAUGCCGGCCGUGCUGGGAAGCAUGCCAAGAAGGGUAGGAGGUAG